UUAGUUGUCAUAUAUAUUAUCUUAUUGAAAUUUUAGUUAUAAUAACUUAUUUAAGACACUUCCACAUAUACUUAACAUACACACACAAAACACUUUAAUUAAAACAUGUUCAAGAGGUUACACAAAGGACACUUUAUAGAUCGAAAUGCGGACAUACCAGCAGGACCGCCCAUCAAGGAUAAGGAGAUCCUACGUAAUUCCCUGGAAUUUGCUCAUCCAGAGGAGCUAGCCGAGGGCUUACUGCGAGCCAAUAAAUGCAGACAGAGUAAAGCCAAGUACUCCUAUCUCAGGGAAGGAGGACCUAUUAUGCCGAACGAUAGUCUAGGGGAUUUGCUCACCGUUGAUCUGCAAAAGUCGCGUUUUGUGUCCUUCAAGGAGCGUUUCUACGAGGAGUUGUUCUUCAAAAGGGCCAAUGUGGGUGAAAUUAAGCCAGCCCACACCAAGCCGGACAGCGUGACCAAUACGAGUCGAACUUUUGGACGGCCAUCCAGUCUAACCCCCCAUGAAUCCCUGUAUUCAAUGAUAAUGCCUCUCAAGUCACGGGAGCAGGUUAAUUCAGAGUACACAGAGUUUCAUGAGAAGCGGAUAGUCAGUCAUAAUCAUUAUUUUCCCGAAGAGCCAAUUAAUCGCAAAUAUACCCAUCCCUUUGAUCGGAAUAAUCCUUGUGGAGAAAACAAAACGCUUGGUGACUCUGGACUUAAGGUGAAAAGCUGCCUAAUGGAGGGUGAGAAUCAUGUCAAAGUUAUUGGCAAGGCUCAGGUGGAUUUUAUGGAACGCACCGAGGCUCCUCUGGGAAAGAAAUUUAAAAAGUAUCUUUAUGAGGUUCCCGAUAUGACCUUUGGUGUGACCCAGCCCAGCAAUGGUGAUGUCAAGACGAUUCUCUAUAAUAUUGUUUCGGACCCAAGAACCCAGCUCCUGAUGGAUGCCAUCAGUCACCUGAAUAUGUUGCGUUUACAUAUUCGAAAACGUGAUGAUAUUCAUCUUCAUCAUUUGAUCUCUGUAAUGGAAAGAAGUGAUCCAGAGGAAACAGGUCUUGUGGCACUCACUCGAGUCCUGGAAAUCCUGCAUAGAUACCGCAUUCCCAUGCAGACUCAAAUGAUUCGAAUUGUUAUGUCUCAUUAUCAGAUAAUUGUAGAUGAAGGACUUUGCAACGAAAGGGUGAAGUACCGGGAGUUUUGUAAGCUUCUUUCCAGUAAUGAGCCACUUCCUUCCAUGGGAGGUGUGGCAACUUAUGCGGAUCUAGAUUCCCAGGAUACCACCUACAGGCUGUUCUGUGCCGAUCUUCAGAAGCAGACCAAUGUGGCUAAGGUUACGAGAGAGCCACAGGUCGAAAAGGAUGAAAUUGGAAUAAAGGAACUCCUUGAACCGGAACUCAACCCGAUGGAUGGCCUAGAAGCCAGUGAUUUUACCUUAUUACGUCCCAAGGUGGAAAUUGAACAAAUCUUUGGAAAACUAAUUGCCAAGGAUGAACUGGAGGUGAUUUGGCAGAGAUUGAUGGUCAAUUUUCAGGAUCAGAAAGGAUUAGUAUCCGUCACUCAGUUUUAUGAAGAAAUGAAGAAAGCAAAGUAAAAUUUACAUGAACUGCAAAGAAAUUAUA